AUGACCGUUGCAAACUUAAAAGAACAACUUUCUCGCACAAAAGAAGUUAUAGGAGCUAAAAUAACCAAAAUGAAUCUUUGGAAAGUCGAACUCAAGACUUAUGAAGUUAAUAACCUUUCUGCAGAAGAUAUUGAAAGUCAUGAAAGUAGCGAGAAGAUGGAAACUACGUCGAAUCUCAAUGAAUAUUAUAACAAUAACGAAGACAAAAAUCCUAAAAAGGGGCACCUUCAUGUCUUCAUAGUCCCCACCGACACUGCAACAAGUGGAAAAAGAAGAAAAUGGAUGGUUAAUAGUACCAUUUCAUAUGAAGAGAGUAAAUCGGUAUACUUUAUUGAUCCAACGGAAUCGAGUGGAUCACUUUAUGCCAUGAUUCAGAAAGGAGAAUUUUUAGCUUUAUAUGGUGCACGGGCUUCCGGGAAGUCUACACGAAUGGAUCAAGCUGUGAUUGAGUUGGAAAGCAAAGGCUAUGUUUGCAUUACUAUAUCUUUUGAAAGAAUAAAUAUGAAUACCAUAGACACAUUCUGGUCAGCAGUAGGCGUUGAACUAUGUAUUGGGUCACCACAACACUUUGGAUUAAACGAUGUCAAAUCUGCUGAUGAUUUCAUGCUAAAGUUUCGGAAAGAACCUUGGAAUGAUAAACAAGUUGUUCUAUUCAUUGACGAGUAUGAUGAAUUAUUUGGAGCAAAUGAUGACGUUAAAUCCUCAUUCCUUGGAACAAUUCGUAGCAUUAAAAAUGCAAAAAGAUUCUAUGCACUCUGGUCUUCUGUAGUCAUCGGUCCCCUAAGUAUUUUAUUUCCGAAAACAGACAAAAGAAAUGUUUCUCCAUUCAACGUGUUGGAUUCAUUGAGGAACCCAAAUUUCACUCUGGCACAAGUGGAGUCAUUAUAUAAAGCUUAUGAGAACGACGCCAAAUUGACCAUUGCUCCGGAGGUCAUUAAGGAUAUUUAUGAACGGACGAACGGGCAUGCUGGCCUCGUCUGCCUUUGUGGCAAGGCUAUCAGUUAUUCCUUAGAAAAGAAACUUGACGAAGGAAGAAGUCUUGAUUUCAAACUCUGGUCAAAAUUUCUUGUCAGUCCACUAGUGUUAAAUAGUAUGAUUAUGUAUCUCCCAUUUAAAAAGAUGGUUGACGAUCUCCUUAGGCCUGAUGCUAAGGAAGCUUUAGACUUUCUCCGAUCUGUAUUUGUAGGAUUUUUCGAUUUUAUACAAAUUCAUAGCACUGAUAAAAGAAGACUAGCAGAUUUCUUAACUGCCGAGGGGGUGCUCAUAAGAGAAAGUAGUACCGAGUUUAGUUACAGAAUGUCGUCUAUUUUUGUUGAUGGAUUGGUUCGGCGAGAGGUUAUUCCUUUAUUGUACAAAUCUUGCCCAACCGUUCCAGUUCCCAAAAUUGAUGGAGGCUUGAAAGUCCUUGAUGCUUUAAUAGAGUCCAUCCGUUGUUUUGAUAAAACUAUUAUUUGUAAUGCUUUCAACCGAUCAUUUAAAACUGCGCUUGUGAAAGUGGAUGGUUGUCAAAAUCGGAUGGUUCCUCGAGAGAGUGUUUACGAUACAGAACUAAAUAGAAUCCUGUUGAACUGGAUCGUCAAUGAAUGUUUCGAGGUCACUGGACAGUGGCACCUAAUAGAUCACGCUGAUAAUGACGAAAAAGACAAACAUUAUUAUAGUAAUAUAACUAUUAUGACUCCACGUAAAACAGUUGUUCUCGAGCUUUUAGCAUCUGCGAAUAAAAAAGAACUUAACGAACACUUUGAAAGGGUGCUCAAUUAUGCAGAAAUGCUAUCAGCAGAUGACAAAUGGAUAGUAAAUUUUACGUGUGAGGAUGAUGCAACAAAGAACCCCCAUUGGCCACCCAAUGAUAGAAAGUUUGAGAGUGUGAAUGUUGUUCAUUUUUUUCACGACCGAAAGUUUGAAAAUGUACGAAUGAGCGCCCGAUAUAUAUCUAACUCUGGUACUUUUAGUUAUAUCACAGAUCAAGUUAUUCAAUUACAAUAAUUAACUUGAUUAGUAAUAUUUGAGUUGUAUUGUAAAAUAUAGAAAAUGUAGAAAAUAUUUCUUUGUGUUAUAUAUAUUACAAUUAAAUAGCAUUAUGCUCAUUUUCCCAUUUAUUGUGUUGCGAUUCAAAAAGUGAAUAUAAUAUAAAAGUCUUUGCAUGUUUCAAAAUUUCGAAGCCCAGAUCUAUUAAUAAAUGAUUUUCAGAAAUA